AUGGCUCUGAAAGAGCAGAAGAGCGCGCUGAGGAAACGUAUUGCGGAAAAGCUAAAGGAACUUGACUUGGAGGAAAUCGAAAGACAGUCGGCAAUCGUGACCAAGAAGGUGCUGCAAAAGAGAGUCUAUCAAGAAGCAAAGUCCAUUGCCAUCUUCUUAUCAAUGCCUGGCAGGGAAGUCUCGACGCGUGAGAUUGUGCUUCAUGCGCUGGGCGAAGGCAAGUCGGUCUUUGUGCCCUAUCUUCAUUCAGGCCAAGAACCGAAAUCAAAGAUUAUGGACAUGUUGCAAUUGCAGGACACGGACGAUUUUCAUUCUUUGAAGCCGGACGCUUGGGGAAUUCCCUCCCUUUCGGAAGAGUCAGUCCGCAGAAGGAGGAAUGCUCUUGGUGGAAUCGGUCUCUUCAAUGAUUCGGUUGACAACCAGCAAGCAUCUCCGAGUUUGAACCUCAUAUUCAUGCCAGCAGUAGCUUUUGAUCAAGCUCGCCGCCGACUCGGCCAUGGCAAAGGCUUCUAUGACCGCUACCUCUCCAGAUAUAAGUUCGCUCUUGACACCGGAUCGACCAUACGUCCAAUGCCGGCGCUUGUGGGCAUUGCUUUGCGCCAGCAGGUUUUGGCACCCGAAGAAUCUCUUCCUGCCGAUGAGAAUGAUUGGCCGGUUGACCAAUUUGUGGUGGCCGAUGCUGAAUGA